AUGGGAGGAGAGACCAUCUAUUUCUCAGCCUGUUCAUAUCUAUCUAUCUAUCUAUCUAUCUAUCUAUCUAUCUUAGUCUGUUCAUAUCUAUCUCAGUCUGUUCAUAUCUACCUAUCUGUGUUUUUUCAUACCUAUCUGAGUUUUUUCAUAUCUAUCUAUCUAUCUAUCUAUCUAUCUAUCUAUCUAUCUAUCUAUCUUAGUCUGUUCAUAUCUAUCUCAGUCUGUUCAUAUCUACCUAUCUUUUUUCAUACCUAUCUGUUUUUUCAUACCUAUCUGAGUUUUUUCAUAUCUAUCUAUCUAUCUAUCUAUCUUAGUCUGUUCAUAUCUAUCUCAUUUUUUUCAUAUCUAUCUAUCUAUCUAUCUAUCUAUCUAUCUAUCUAUCUAUCUAUCUAUCUUAUUUUUUCAUAUCUAUCUAUCUAUCUAUCUAUCUAUCUAUCUAUCUAUCUUAGUCUGUUCAUAUCUAUCUAUCUAUCUGAGUUUUUUCAUAUCUAUCUGAGUUUUUUCAUAUCUAUCUAA